AUGAAGUGGUAUUCGCUCCUAUCAGCUUCAUUUCUCCUGGGCACCGUCAUUGCCGCCGAUCCGGUCCAUCAAGUCCCCGAGCCGAUUACAUACCGUCUCAUAGUCACGGCGAACGGUACUAUUAAAGACAUCGACGACAUUUACCUGUCCAGUGACGAGGAGGGUACUGUCGGGAUAUUUGGCACCGACCGAGAACCCAUCUUGAUCCACGACACCAAGCCCGGGAAGAAGUCCGGCCAGUUCUACUUCGACACCCGCCCCGGGGACGAGCUCUUCCACGGCCUAACCCUCCUCCGGUGGCAAGGCGUCAUGAAUCUCAAGGACACCUUGCACCCACACCGUUUUCGAAUCAGGAACGACACCGGCACCCAGUAUCUCCCAGACAGAUAUUCGUGGAACGAGUUCUGGUUUACCGAGGGUGAGAACGGCAUGAAGGAGCUGUUCUGGGGCGCCAAAGGAGAUCACCCCGGAUGGGUCGCAGUACCCUUGAUAGAUGCGACUUACAUCAUUAAGUGGUAUGAUGAAACAAGUUCGUACAUGGUUGCGAAGCCCUGGGAACCUGUGAAAAUCUAUUUGCAGCCGUUCGAAUUGUAG